AUGGUCAAUGUUGUUCCCCCAGAUGAGCACCUUUGCCCCAAAGGAGCCCAGGUCCAUCUUGCCAGUCUGCAAUGCUAUUGGCUGUCAGAGUCAGCGACAUCAUGGCUGGAGGCGAAGGGUAUCUGUCGUCAGGUGAAGGGUGGGGAUCUAGCCACAGUCCGAAGCACUGAAACUCAGACAUUCAUCCACAACUCCUUCAAAUCAAAAUCCACUCAGUGGGUCUGGCUGAGGGACGGCAGGGGAGAAGGGCCGGAUAGAAGCGAGGGUUUGGGAACAGGAAGCCACCCUGGGCGGGACAGGGGCAGGGAGAGCCUGGGGGGCUGUACCCAGAUGGACCUGGGUUCACCAGGACAGAGGAGGAACACAGUGUGUGAAGGACAGUACCGCUUCCUCUGUGAUAAGGUGGUUACAGUUUCCCUGCCUUCGUUAGACAGCUACAUCACAGGUGUUCCUCUCAUGUCGGGUGUGUACGCCAGGUCACAGCUACAAGUCCUCCCUACAGUCCCAGACCCUGACCAAAAGAGAGUGGAGAUGCUGCUGUUUCCUGGGCUGUGGUUCAGCCAUGCUGGCCAGGUGGUAUCAGUGGAGCUGGUCAGCCAGCCCAGAGAAGUGUCCACCUGGGUCAGAGUUCAGAUCCUCCGGCCCUACUGCAGCCCCCACCAUCACCUGGUGCCCCCAGGUUGUAGUUCUCUCCUGAACCCGUUCAGUUGUUGCUCUAUCACCCCUCUGUGUAACACUACGGGAGGCUGUGCCCUGGGACAGUACUGGUGCCACCUGUUGGAGGCCUGUGUCACUGUCACCAGCCCCUGCAGUCCCUACAACCAGUCCCCCUCUACAGGGGAGCGCAGCUACCCCCUGCCCCCCAGAUACCCUGACAUACCCCCCUUCUACCACCUGGUGGCAGACCUGCCCAUGAGAGUGGCUCCUUGCUCAGAGCCUGCUCAUAUUAGUGUAUGUGUGAGACGUUCUUAUUUACAGAGGGUUUCUUAUAUCCUGCCAGAGAGGGAGAUCAGUGUUUACCCCGAUGACAUUCUGUCCAUCCAACACACCGGGAGACCUGGAACCUUCCUGAGUUGCCGCGACAACGCCUCCUCAUCCUCCUCCCCCUGGCGACAAAGCUACCUCUCCCUGCAAGGGGCGGAGUGGGGGGGCUGGUGGGAGGGGGGGCUCUCGUCCCAGCCGGAUGGAGGGCAGUGGGUGGACGGGGUGGUGUGCGACCUACGGGUGCUGUACGUCGACACACUGCAUGGGCAUGGCUAUAUUUCAAGUUCGGGCCAGAGUGAACUUAGUGGCUUCACUCACAUUGGGAACAUCAGUACGACCAUAAGUAUGACCCCUGAAACCUCAGCUCCUGCCCCAGCAAAAAGUCAAAUUUCUGGCCUUUGUAUGAUCCAUCCUCUGCCUGAUGGAGACAACCAGAUCCAUAUAUUGGUUGACACUCCUAUACUCAUUGUGGUUAAAAUAUUCUCUGGAAAAGGGGCUACCAGCUCCUGGUUGGCUCCGGUGCUCCAGACAGGGGUCCCCUUCCUCCCGUCCUGCCCAGGAGAGUUACCUGACUCCUGGCCUGGUUGUGAGAGAGACUCCCCUGACAGCUGGUUCUCCCACAUGUCCCUGGUGCUACCCUCAGUGGGUGUCCACACUCUAAAUGUCAGUGCUGUGAAUGGAGUGAGUGAACAGAGUACCUGUGUACAGGUUUGUGUCUAUGAGCCGGUGGCUGGACUCAGUGUAGAGCCACAUGGACAUCUGAGGAUGCUGGUGGACUUGUCACAGGCAUUUACAGCCACGGCGGAGACUGGUUCCUCAGUAAAGUACACCUGGGUGAUUGACAAGCUGGAUAAGUUUUCCUAUGAGGGAGACACCUAUAGUGUGAUGUUCAAGAAGCCAGCUGAGUACAAACUGAAGACCCUAGAGGUCACUCUGACUGCUGACACCAUGACACCUCUGGCCGACCCAGAAUUCCUCUCUGUCAAGGAGGUUAUUGCUGUGGCCGCACUGCGUCUCUACACUUUCAGGGUCAAAGUUGAUGUCUCCCUAGGCGUCACUUUCAGGUGGUCUUUUGGUGAUGGCAGUGCCCAGGAAAACCAAACCUUUCCUGCCCUGUCUGAGUCCCAGGACAGGCCAGUGGAGCGAGGAGUGACACAGGUGUAUGUGCAAGACUCUGUGAGCCAUGUCUACCUACAGCCAGAUGACUACACACUGACUGUACAGGUCUACAACCAAUACGACAACAUCAAGAGGGCCAUAUCACUGAAGGUACGGCCUCCAUUGACUCGUAUACUCAUCUCCCCAUCUCCUCCGGUUCCCCUGGUCAACCAGACCUUUCUUCUUGAAGCCUCUUCAUACCCAUUUCACUACGGAAUCCUGUACACUUGGAACUUUGGGGACGGUUCAAAGGAAAUCCAAGGAUUCCACAGCAAAGUUAGCCAUGUUGCUCGGACCACUGGGGUUUAUAACAUGACUGUGUGCGCUAACAACACCUUGACUGCACUGACAGCCUGGGUGGCCGUGGCAGUGGUGGAGAAGGUAUCUGGACUCCAGUUGCGCUCUAGUGGACACAGUGAACUGAAGUCUGCAACUGAAAUCAAGGGCAAAGUGGCUUCAGGUUCCAGUCUUCACUGGGACUGGGACUUUGGUGAUGGGACUGGACAUAAAAACAUCACAGACAACUCUGCAUCCCAUGUCUACGAGUCCCCAGGGAGUUACACAGUCAAAGUGACCGUAUCUAACGCAGUCAGCCAGGCUAGCCAGUCCAUCCGUCUGGAAGUCUACAGGUUGGCCAUCAGUGGAAUUCUGCCAUCGGAGUGUUCCGAGACAGAGAAAGAGAUACCGCUCCAAGCACUGGUGAACGGGAAUGUUUCCAUGCUGACUUUCCAUUGGAAUUUCGGGGAUGGAUCACCUUUGUCAGUACAGAAGGGAAAGUCUGUUGUUACUCACACUUAUUCAAACUCUGGGGUUUAUAACGUUAACGUAACUGUUCUCAGUAUAGUAGGAUAUGUAUUUUAUGAUGCCAACGUUUGCAUUGAGGCCCCCAUUACCGGGAUAACCAUCCACCCAUCACAGGAUGCUGUGGCAGUAGGAAAAGAGGUGUGUUUUAAUGCAGUUGCUGCCCCCAAAAGACAGCCCACUGGAUAUCAGUUUCUGUGGCUCAAUCAUUCAUCCAACAGCUCUCCUAUAAGAGGACUGGCUCAUCAUUGCUUUGUGUAUAAGGAGGAAGGGAUCCAUGAUGUUUCAGUGAUGGCAAGUAACAAAGUCAGCCAGAGCAUAGCCAAAGCCACGGUUGCUGUGCAGAAGCCUGUGAGUAAACCAUCCAUAGCACAUAGCAGUCAAAGCAACACACUGACUGUCAAUGAGAAGAUGACACUUUGGGUCAAGAGUUGCCCUGGGACCAAUGUUUCUGUGCAGUGGGACUUUGGUGACGGCUCACCACUGGCAAAGAGUCUAAAUGUUUCCCAUGUCUUUACUUCCACUGGCAGGUUUACAGUCAAGGCCACAGCUUCUAAUGCAGUUAGCCUGGAUUCUGUUAACCUGGAAGUGAACGUACUUCUUCCUGUGUCAGACCUGAAGCUGAAAAUCAGCCAGCCAUUUGCAGUAGUAGGAGAAAAGACUGUCAUAACAGCAUUUGGCAAUGUUUCAGGUCAUGUCAAUUUCUACUGGUCAGUGGAUGGCCCUGAUACCACCACUGAGCUUGGGAUGUCUCACUUUCAGUAUGUGUUUCUUAAAGCAGGUGUGUAUCAGGUCAAAGUCACAGCCCAGAACCUGGUUAGCCAACAAGAGGCAGCCAUUUUGAUUAUAGUUUUAGAGAGAAUACAAGGGCUUCAAUUCUCAAGUCUGAGCCUGACAUCCAUGAACUACAUACCAACCAGAGAGAGUGUCUUGCUCACGGCGUCAGUAACACAUGGCUCCAAUGUCACUUACCAUUGGCUAGCCAACCAGAGAGGUGUGACCCAAACUGGCAGUGUUGGUGAGAACUUUGUGUGGUUCACUGAAACUCCAGGUAAUAUAUCUGUUGAGUUGACAGCUUCCAACGGACUUGGUAAGACGACCAGCCGUAUUUCUCUAAAGGCAGUAGAGCGAGUUUCAGGAGCUAGAAUGUCAACAGCUAGAGACACCAUACCAUUAGAGAAGUAUACCAACAUUUCUGUAACUGUGGAGACUGGAUCUGACCUUCAGUAUCUCUGGAAUGUGAACUCAGAACUUUCACCCUUACAGACCGAUGUUCCUUUUCUUCUUUACAAGUUUGAGACUCUGGGUUCUUGUUCUGUCAGUGUGUCGGUCCAGAAUGUUCUCAGUUCAAGCAACGCCACCAAACAUUUCACAGUUCAGGAGGAGGUUAGAGAGGCAGACUUUCAGGUAGGUGGCAAGACACAUCCAUUCUUUAUAACGUCCAAUACUCAAGUUGCACUCUAUGGAUAUGUCAAUAAAGGGAAUGGUCGGCACUGGGAGUGGAAAGUUGUUGGGUGUACUGGAGGUGCUGUGGUUUUGGACAACAAUCAGUCAGUUAUCUAUACCUUUACAGAUGUAGGGGUCUAUAAUGUCUCUCUGAACGUCUCUAAUGGUAUUAGCUGGCAGGCAGUCUCACACAGAGUCACCAUCCAGGAUGCUAUUCAGGGCUUGACUCUAAACCUUAGCAGGUCUACGGUCUGCGCUGAAGAUCAUAUUGCUUUUACACCAUUAGUUUCCAAAGGAACCAAUGUCAGCUUCUCUUUAGCCUUUGAUGAAGUUGAGCCAUCAUAUGACCUUGUUGAGGUAAGCUUCACCACCUCCACCCUCCCAGUUGGGUCUCACUCUGUCACAGCCCGAGCCUGGAACAAGGUGAGCAACUCCCAGGUGUCAUUGACCGUCCAGGUGGUUGAGAGGAUCGGGGGCCUACGACUGGUCAACUGCUGUUCCACUGCUCUAGAAGCUCUAAAGGAGGUCCCUUUCCAAGCAAUUGUCAUGAGUGGUUCUCCAACCGAUUACACCUGGACGAUCCAAUUAGAAGGGUUCCAGCCCUCACAGGUCAUUGGACAGGAAGUGAUAUAUACCUCACCCGGAAGUGGUUCGUUGUCUGUGGGUGUGAUGGCCAGUAAUGGCUUCUGCUCUGAAACCCUGAAUGAGACAGCUAUUGUUCAGUUGCCUGUGAGGGAGGUCACGAUUGUUUGUGAUUCUACAGAAAACUUUAGAGGCUAUAGUGUCAGAUUCUCAGUCACAGUAGAUGGUGGCAGCAAUUUGAGGUUUCAAUGGGGCUUUGGAGACUCAAGCGAAGGAGUUGUCGUCACAAAAUCCAAUAGAGUAGACCACACAUAUCUCACUGCUGGAAAAUAUAUUGUUCAAGUCACAGCCUUCAAUAACGUCAGCCAGGUCUCCACACAACUGCUCACUGAGGUGAGAGAACUCCAGUGCUCACUCCCUCAGGUCACUUUAGUCCAGGGCCAAUCCACAAUCGUCAAGUCUAGAUCCAGCUACUUUGAAGCAAGCGUAGACAUCAAAGGCUGCACCGCAUACAAGACCAUGUACCUAUGGGAAGUGUUUAGGGGGAGUGGCUGUGGAAACAGCAGUGGACAUCCAGUAACCCUGAUUAACCUGGUGGGUGUGACUACACCACUGUUGUCCCUCGCUAAGCAGGCCCUGGAGGUGGGCCAGUACUGCCUGGGGUUCACUGUCUCUCUCCAGGGAACCCCUCUACGCCUGUACAGGACGUCCAGGCUCUCUGUGGUUCACAGUUCCCUGGUACCCAUCAUCAGGGGGGGAUCGCUUAGACUGGUGUCGAGCCACAGUGACCUGAUCCUGGAUGGGUCAGAGUCCCAUGAUCCGGACGGAGAGGAAGGGGAGCUGAACUACCACUGGGAAUUCAUCACUGAGGUGGCGGUAUCUAAAGUUGCAGUGCUUCCUGUAAGUGUGGAGUGUGUUUCCUGCAGUAGCCUCUCUUCUUUCCGUGUCAGCCAGAGUCGCCCCAUUGUGCUCUCUGGUCGUUGUGACAAGUGUGGCAGCCAUGUUCAGUACAAAUGGAGCGAAAAGGAUCAGAACGGCGUGACCCUUGACCUGAACAAGGUGACCACUACGGGCAGUCUCUCUCCUGAACUGGUGGUCCGACCGGGGGUGCUGCAGGAGGGGUGUAACUAUACCUUCACCCUAAAUGUUACCCACCCUGCUGGGGGAAGAUGGGGGUUUGCUAGCCUGACCCUCCUGCCCAACCCUCCACCCCAUGGAGGGGUGUGUACUCUUACUCCAGGCCCUGGGGAAAACAUACACCUGCUGGAGACUGUGGUAACAUACAACUGCUCAGGUUGGCUGGAUGAGGAUCGUGAGUCCCCCCAGAUUAUCUACAUUCUCCAGGUGGCAUCGUCAUGCCCAGGCUGGGGCCAAGCCUGUCCCCUUCUCACCCUCUACAGGGGUACGCAGCGUACAUUUGGCAGUCUGGUUCCUCUGGGGGAGGCGGGGCCAGAGAAGGACCGGUCAAUCAUCUCUGUGAUCCUGCAGGUAGAGGACCACCUGGGUUCAAAGGUCACAGCACUUAACAGAACUAUAACAGUGCUGAGACCUGUGGAUGGAGAUGGGAUCACAGAGUGGCUGAGGAACAAGAGCCAAACCGAACUAUCGGGUUUACUUCAACAGGGUAACCCACAGCAGCUCAUUCCCUAUUCCAUCGCCCUCACCAGCCAGCUCAAUCAGGUGGAUCUGACUUUGAGUGAGCAGGAUCUCAGGGACAAGAGGGAGAUCAGGGGGAAUGUGACACAGGCGCUGGCCUCUCUGUCUGUGUACUCUCUACAGGAUGCAGCCCAGAUCAGCUUAGCCCUGGCCCAGUCCACUGCAGUCCCAAGUGAGGUGGUGUGUGAGGGCUGUCAGGAGAAUGUUCUAGAUUCUGUGGGGAGAAUGAUCAGGGUUCUGGAAGAGCAGACGGGACUAGGAGAUGACACAGCCAUAGACACGGGCAGAAAUAUCCUCCAUGUGAUAGGCAAUUCGUUGGCUGCUGUGUUCGAGUCCAAGCUCGUCUCCUCUGGUCCUCGCACUCACUCUAAUGUAUCUGAAACUGCAGUGUCAGCCCUGGACCAUGCCAGGGCUCUCAUGCUUAUUCUGAUGCGCUCGCGGCCACACGACAAGGAACCCCUCUCUCUCUCUGCUCCACAGAUCAGUGCCGUUGGUUACCACGGAAACCCCUCGGAACUCCUCUGCACCACUGACCCCUCGGUCAACACCCGCCAAUCAAACCAGUCCAACAAAUGGCAAUUAAACCCUGACAAGCCAGAGUCAUACCCAGCACAUCCACCCUGCCAGUUCCUCAUUCCCUCUUCUCUCAGUGCCCAGCUCCAGCGUCAGGUCCAGGGAUCUGAGGUGGUACAGAUUCUCCUGGGUUUGGAAGGGGGGUCUGAGUUCUUCUCAGCAGCCAACCCACCUAUUUCUACUUCUCUGGCUGCCAUGGAGUUCACCACGCCCCAGGGACAGCCCAUACCCAUUGCUAACCUGGACACUGACAGAUCUAUCAGGGUUACUUUGCCCUUAAUAUAUACUGUAGGAAGGAUCGGCGCUGGGCAUCGGGCUAGUGGAAGUGGGUCUGGGUCUAGAUCUGGUGGAAUUGACAGAGACGAGGGACGAGCCCCAAUGGUUAACUUUACACUCCGAGCCAAAGGGUGGCUGGAUUUUACAGUGAGGGCAAUGAAGAAUAUGGAUCCCAAUGCUGGACUGUACAUCUCCUUAAACUUCAGCCUGCUUCCAGGAGCUUCUCUGGUGGGCUCAGGACAUGUGACAAUCACAGUGGCCACCCAGCCAGGUCAUCCUGCCUCCCAUGAUUCCCUAGUCAGAGAGCUGACCCUCUCCCUCUCCAGCCAGUCAUCUGUGGAGGACACCAUCUUCCUCUCUCCUCUCUCUCUUUGCCAGUACUACAGCCCGAGGAAGAGGCGCUGGAGCACUGAGGGCCUCCGGCCACUGGAGGGCAGCACCCUCCACUCAGCACACUGCCUCACCCAGCACCUCACCAUGUUCGGGGCCAGUCUGUUUGUCCAUCCAGACGCUGUGGUGCUACUGCCACCGUCCAGUGGUCCAAUGCGUAAUGUGGUAGUGGGGAUUGUGUGUGCUGUCCUGGUUCUGAUCCACUUCCUCCUGGGCCUGAUCGCCCACAAACUGGACCACCUGGAGAGCCUGAGACUAUGCCAUGUACCACUGUGUGGCCGACCUGGACGGUACAGCUACAAAGUCCUGGUCAAAACAGGCUGGCGACGAGGAGCAGGCACGACGGCCCACGUGGGCAUCAGUCUGUACGGGGUGACUAAAAGCGGUUCACGCCACCUGCAGCGGGAGGGGGCGUUCCAACGAAGUGGUCUGGACCUGUUCCACUUGGAGACGGACAGCAACCUGGGAGAGGUGUGGAAGAUACGCCUCUGGCAUGACAACACAGGUCUGGACCCAUCGUGGUACGUGCAGCAUGUGGUGGUGUGGAACCCUCAGACAGACCACCUGUUCUACUUCCUGGUAGAAGACUGGCUGUCUGUGGAGAACGACAGGAACGAGGGAGGAGGGACAGUGGAGAAGGAGAUGUUGGCCUCCUGUCCUGAGGAGCUGUCUCAGUUCCAACGUGUUCUCUCCUCCCAGCUGGCGUUUGGAAUGCUGGAGCGCCACCUGUGGCUCUCUCUGUGGGAACGCCCCGCCCACAGCCGCUUCAUGCGGGGGCAGAGGGUGACGGUGUGUGCCCUCCUGCUACACCUCUACCUUGCACUAGGGGCAUUGUGGUACGGGGCUGUGGGCGCAGAGGGGCAUAGUGUACCGGUUUCGGCCCGGUUGCUUGUAACCUGGGAAACGGUUGCAGUGGGGAUGACUAUUGCCAUCCUGGUGUUUCCUCUCCAGUGUCUCCUCUGCUUCCUGUUGCGAAAGACUCACAGCCAGGUAGCGGUGGAUAUGUCAGUGCCUCCAUCCCCUGUGUGUCAGUCAGUGGAGAUGGGCGUCCAUCUCGGCCAAUCAGAUCUUUCCUGCUCCUCCUUCCUGUCUUUGCCUGAAGGACCUGAUCCGUCAGGCCUGGGUGGAGACACACCCUCUUCUCUGAUGGGAAGCAAGGCAUUCAACGCUGAGUUCUGGAAUGCCACUAACCUGGGAGUGGAGAAGGAAGGAGAUGGCAUGACCCUGUGGCCCUCCUGGGAAAUAACCUCUGACCCCUUGGGAUCAUCCCUGGGUCAUGCCCGUCUGCUGAAGAGGAAGAAAGCCCUGACGAAGCUAUGCCUAGCCUCACCCUCCUCACCCCAAUUUCUCAUCUCCAACCCCCCACCCUCCUCUACUGCACCUGUGGGUCCAUCCCAAUCCCUGUCUGGCCUGCAUCCAGACCACAGCCAUGGACACAACCUGCAACCCAAUGUCCUUACCCUGUCUGAGGAGGACCUGUUGAGGUCUAUAGCAGCAGACACAGGAGUGUCCGACAGUCCCUCAACAUCAGACAGUGGCCGCUACUCCCCCAGGACCACCUCUCUGUCCCACAGCCAGAGCCGGGACAGCUCCUGCAGUGGCUGGUCUGAGCUGAGUGUGGACAAACCACUCUAUGGGACAGAGAUCCACAACCCCCCCUGCUCUCCCAUCUCUCUGCAUGGGACAGGGCUGUUUAGGCCUUCCUCAUCUCUCUCUGUCUACUCCAUCGCCAGUACCUUCCUCCCCAGCCCCUCCCCUGACUCCACAGACUCUACCACACGCAUAGGUGUGGCCCGUGGCAAGCCGAGCUGGCUGCUACCUCCCUGGGCACUGCAAGUCAUUUACCCCCUGGUUGUGUUGUUGCUGGGGGCCUGCCUGGCGGUAGUAGGCCUCUAUGGGAGUCACUUCUCUCGCUCAGUGGUCCUGAUGUGGCUCAUCUCAGCCCUGUCUGCCUUCCUCACCUCCGCUCUGCUGCUGGAGCCUCUCAAGGUGUGUGUGCAGGCCUUGUUCUAUGCUGUGGUGUUAAGGCCUGUCGACCCCGAGGUGAAUGAUCGGCUGGGGCAGGAGACCGUCAUUAAGAGGGAGGGGGGCAACCAGGGGGGCAAGGUGCACCCCCCUUGUGGGUUCGGCCUACUGCAAGCCAAGGAGGAGGCCAGGAAAGUGAGAGCGCUACGAUCCCUCAUGAAGCACUGUGUGUGCCACAUGUUGUUCCUGUUGGUGGUGUUGAUGGUGAACUACCAGGACAGUGUUCAGGAGACCCAGGGAAGACUGCUACACUCUGCCGUCAAACACUCACUGACCACCAACCUCAGCACCAUCACUGGGUGGGAGGGGGCGUGGCAGUGGAUGGACAGCAUCCUGGUGCCACACCUCCAUCAGAACCCCGCCCUCCACCUGGUGGGGUUACCACGGAUACGCUGUAUACACACUCCAGACCAUAAUAAUGGAGUCUUUCUGGGGAACAGCAGUUUUACCACACGCCAGCUUCUCUCUGGCCUACACAGCACACACUGGACCACAGCACAGUUAAAGGCUGUGUCCAUUGACUUCACCCAGUACCACAGAGAGACGAGUCUGUUUGUGUGUGUGUCUGUUCUAAUAGAGAAGACCCAGAUACACACACUCAUCUCCUCCCUCUCCAUCCAUCCUCUACUCAUCCCCCCAUCCUCCUCAGGACCAGACCUGGAGAUUGCACUCAUGGUGCUUCUGCUCCUCUCUGCCCUCUUCUUUCUGGGGGUGGAGCUAUGGGUCAUGGCUACUGACCGUGCCCAAUACGUGCGUCAGGGCUGGCGCUGGCUACAGUUCCUCCUCGCCUCUUUGUCCCUGGCGAUGGCCGCGCUGCGAUUCUGCUUCCUGUCCCAGGCUGCUUCCUGUCUGUCUCAGCACCGCUCCAGACCAGACUCCUUCACUGAGUUCCACAGCGCCGCCCUGCUGGCCAGGAGGUCCACACAGAUAUCAGCCAUACUGCUCACUCUGCUGGUACUCAAGAUGGUGGGUACUCUCAGGUACGUGCGGAGGUGGGUGGUGUUUGGUCGAGUGCUUCAGCGGGCAUGGAGAGAGAUGGCUGCUGUGGCUCUACUACUGAUCUUACUGCUGCUGCUCUUCGCUCACACUGGACACAUGCUCUUCUCCAGGUCUGUGGAUGGGUUCCUGUCUGUGUACCAGGCUGGUGUGUCUGUGCUGUCUGUGCUGCGUGGUCGCCUGGUCCUGCAGAGGCUCAGCAGGACUCACCCUGUCCUCGGACCCCUCUACGCCCUCUCUCUGCUGGCGCUGGGAGGUUGGCUGCUGGCCCGUCUCUCUGGAUCUGUUCUGCUCCGCACAUACAGGGUUGUGCAGGCUGAGAUGUACAGGCCAGCCAUGGAGUCCCAGGACUACGAGAUGGUGGAGUUCUUCAUCAAAAGACUGAAGCUCUGGAUGGGACUCAUUAAGGCCAAGGAGUUCAGACACAGGGUGAAGUUUGAGGGCAUGGUAGUGCCUCCCUCCAGAUCAUCCCAAGGAUCCUGUCGCUCCACCCUCUCCUCCCCCCAUCCCCUGUCCUCCGCCCUCUCCCUGGGUUCCGAAGACUCGGGUAUGUCCGACGUUCCGGGUUUAGACGUUCAGCUCAACCUGGACCGCCUGCUGUCUUGCGUCAACGGUCUGCUUUCACGUUUCGACCGCGUCAACCAGCUGACUGCAGACGUUCAGGGUCUGGAGACCCAGCUAGAGGAGGUGCAGAGCAGGAGGAGGAAGAGGAGGCCGCAGAGACUUGGAAGAGGAGAAGAGACAAGUGAAGAAAGAGGAGUAGGUGGAGGGGCGAUGGGCAGGAGGACAGCUCUGCUACCCCCUCAUUCUCGCAUCUCCCUCACUUCCUUAUCUCCUUCUUUAAACCCCAUUACCCUUCUCUCCUGCCCUCCCUCCACCAAUCCUUCCCUCCCUCGUGUUCACAGCUCCUACUCUGAGUCUGUCAUUCUCCAGCUUCACCCACACCCACCCAGGGACACUCACCUCUCCGAGGCAACCAAACCCACACAAAGGAGCCCUGGCCUGGGCUUGGGCACCGGGCAUUCCUGGUGUCCUGGAGCCAGGCAGUUUCCUAGACGUCGAGCCUGGCACUCAGGGAGUUCUCACUCAGCUGAUGCAGCUCAGAGGCCCCCCCAGGCCCCUGGUGGAGGUGAUAGUGGGGUCAACACGAAGCCCAGGCCCUGUAGUGAGGAGGGGGACAGGAGACGCGCCAGUGAGGGAGUGCCUGUGAAGAGACGGGCCUGGAUCUCAGAGGGGCCUGAGACAGACAUAGACUGAAACUGAGAGAGGGACUGAGACAGAGAUUAAAGUGCCUAUUACUGUGGGUAUACAGUAUCUAGUGUAUGAACCUCUAAGGUUCCAGCUAUGAAUUGCGCAGUACUACUUCAAGAGACAAGUUUUCCCACUGUUGUCUACCUCUUUACUAGAGCUUCUGCAUUAGGUAUGCUAUAUACGUAUGCUGAGGUUGUAUACCUUGUACUUCUUGUGUAUCUACUGUAUAAUAAACAUUUAAAGAGGAUUAUUGUGUCUCCAAGAACUGUGGAAUAUAUUAUCCUCUAUCUGUAACAAGUAGUGACACACUGCAUUAAAUAAUCACCAAGUUA